AGUUCAUAAUGAGCAAUGUCUCGGGCCGGACGAUGUAUGCUCUGCUGUGUGGUCGUUGUGGCCGUGACCGUGCUGGCUAGUAUUCAACGCUUGGGUCUUCCGGCAAGUAUAAUAAGAGAGCCCAUUUCAAUGAACAAGCUACUAGCUAAGCGAGGGAAGGAUCAGUCGCAGGAACAUAAAGGAACUCGUGUAAGUUAUAAGCAAGACGAAUCGUGCAAUAACCGGACUUGCUUAUGGGAAAAGCAGCAGUUGUACCGCAAGGGUUUGGCGUGGGAUAUGUGCAGUGCGCUCCAUGCCCAUGGGGCGGACACCCACCACCAUCCCCCACGGUACCGUCUGGACGAGUCAAGGAACAAAACCAGACUGGCUUCCAUGUUCAACUUUUUCCUAGUCAUAGACUCUCUCAAGUUGAUUUAUUGCUUUAUACCAAAGGUGGGCUCUACGAGCUGGGAGCGUCUGUUCCUUGUCAUGAGCGGAAUAUAUGAUUCCAUGGAAGAGAUAGGGCAGAGUGAAACACACAUUAUCACGUGGAGAACGUUCCGUACGCUGGCCAGCUACACCGUCGCUGAAGCGGAGAAACUAUUAGCAACUUACAGGAAAUUCGUCGUCGUGCGGAACCCUUACGAGAGGGUACUGUCGGCGUACCAGGAUAAAUUUCAGGAGGACUACCCUGCGAGUCGAGUAACCAGGAAGCAGUACAGCGAGAAGAUCAUUCGAAUGACCGGUGGCUCGCCUGAAAAUGUCCAGAGACUGUUGCAAUCCCAGCGCAGGAAAGACGGCACGCUAAACGUCACUUUCUCGCAGUUCGUGAGAUUCUUGUCGCAUCUCGGCGGUCCGAAGACCCGGCAGUAUAUGAACGAUCACUGGAAACCGAUGAAUCUGAUUUGUCAUCCGUGCCUCGUCGACUACGACUGGAUCGGACACUACGACUCUUUACGGACCGACGCCGAUUUCAUUCUAACAGCCGUCGGGGCCGACCCCAAAUUCCGAUUUCCGAAUUUCACUACAAACCCCACGGGAAGUUCCAAUGGGGACACGCUGCUUCGAUACUAUUCCACUCUUACCACCGCAGAAAUAGAGGACCUGUACAAAUACUACGAGUUAGAUUUUAGUCUCUUCGGAUUUGAUAUACCGCCGAGUAUACGGAGCUUACUCAACAACAGAGGGCGUGCUAACGAUUACACCACCAUUGAUCAGACACGUCUUCCGGUAACUUAAAGUUAGUUUACUGUCAUAACUUAAUUCCAUGAAGUGCUUCCUUUUUAUAGCUUGAUGGUCUUGUACUGCUACCGAGGGCGUCUCCGACUCCCAAGUGAAUGAAUUGAUGAUUGUAAGACGAAAUUAUAAUACUGAUUUUUUUUUAACAUUAGACUGCGCCUUUAAUUGAGCUCAAAACAUUUGACUUGAUCGAUCAUUUCAAGUAGGACUCUUGAGGGCGUAGUAUACACAAAACAGAUCCAUCGUGCUGCAGCCAUCUUUGGGUGUGUGCUUUUGUUCCACAGGGAUACGAAUGAUUUGACCUCUUACAAUUGUGUAUUCAUUUCUUUUUUUAAUGAAUUAAAUCACACAUUAAAGAUGGCUUCUGAAUGCCAGGGCCUGUGGGUGCACAUCCCAUUUAAAAAAAUCUAAUACACACCAGUUAUUAAUGGCCAUACUCUAAAAUUCUUUGAAGAAUAUACUCGGAUCUCUCACAGGUGUACAGGAUGCACAGAAAUAUGAUGAUCAACAUGUCAUCUUUCAUUUUCUUUUCAAUGUUUGGGUGGGUUGACCAUUGACUAAGUUCCAGAAAUUCUCACCAAAGCAGACCACCCCUAAAACAACGGGCCCAA